GUCAGCAGUCGGCCGGAGCAGGGAAACACUGUGCAUACACACCCAAGUGUUCACCGCCGCUUCAUGCCUGAUACACACCGACCCACGGUAAUGAUGGGCAGCUAAGCAGCUCCGUGUGACUCAGCGCCGCUUUUUUUUUUAAAAUUCCGAUCCAUGAGUGCCUCGGCAGCAUCCCGCGCCCUCCGCUUGGCUUGAAAUGGGAUGAUAUGGGAUUUUUCAUGUCGACGAAGAUCGGAGGGAUUCUUGCGUUUGCCUUGGUAUUCCUCCCCCUGAUGGUGUCAGGAGACGCUGCAGAUGUGAGGUGUGAAAACAUUUAUAAGGACUUUUCUGACUGUGUCCUGGAGCUGGGAGAGAGCAUGGACAACUACCAGGAGAACGUGACCAGUGAGAGGGGAGUGGCAGCCGUGUGCAGCCACUGGGAAGCUUUCCACACAUGUGCCCUCACAGCGCUGUCCGACUGUCAGGAGGAAGUCAGCUCCAUCUGGGAGACUCUGAGGCAGGACUCCAGGAAGAUACGCUUCCAGGGAAGUCUGUUCGACCUGUGCAGCCCCAGCUCAUCUCCUAGCUUAAGUUCACCUUUUGCUGCCCUUACCCUGCCAGUGAUGGGCAUGCUGAUCAUGACUGGACCCGACUGGUCCUCUGUAUAGAUGGGGGUGAGGGUGAGGAGGCAGGAGGGGUGAGAAGGGGCCCCAUGGUUUAGUCCUACUGUGUUCAAACUUAAAGCCAAGGAUUAAGAGAGACAAAUGUUAAAUAAGUAUUAUUUUGACACAGAGCCACAGAGGUCUGUGGCAAGCCAAUCAAUAUUUGCUCUGAUGAAUAAUGUUUGAAAUCUCCUCAGAUACUUCAGCUUUAUCCCCCCUUAUGUCUAGAAACUGAUAGAGUUGUUGGGAAAAUUACAUUUCUGCCAACGUAUUUAAGGGAUUUCAGAUACAAUGUGAGUCUGAUCAGAACAGACACCUGUGGCUCUGGGUUACAAACAUACAAGGAGUGGACACAACACAGCUGUACCAUCUAAUGCAUUCCAAUAUGAGAGCCCUGCAAUGAAUAAUAUAGAUAACACUGCAGUUAUUGCAGAUUCAACUCUGAGGCCAUUUCUAAAGCCGCACUAGCGGAGUUCUUGCUGUCCACUCCCUGUACCGUGGUUUUAUCAUGGAAAUUGUUCAACAUUUUGAGAGUUAGCUAAGAGGAUCUAUAAGCCACUCUCUUGUCUGUACACUAAAUAUGAAGAUGUUGCCAGUAGCCAGUUAGCUUAGCACACACUCCUACGGCUGCUUCCAGCCAACAAAUACUCAGUCAGCAUCCUUUU